CACUGCCGGUAUUCCUUUUCUUCCCCUUUUUCUGUGGAACAUCUACCACACUUUUCCCCACACUACCUGCGAGAUCAAGUCAGCUUACCACUCGUCACUUUUCACUUCCUGCUACUGUCAACAGUCACCGGUCCUAUGAUUUACGUCUUUUUUGUCGACAGCCGCGUCCUCGGAGAGAAAGACCACCCAAAAUUGAAGCAACCUUCCACCGCUGGCCGACCAGUAGCAGAUGCCCCGAAAACACAUCACGACGGCGUGCACCGCUUGCCGUGAGAGCAAGAUCAGAUGUGAUGGAAGGCAUCCCCGGUGCGGAAACUGCAAGACCAAGGCGAAGGAAUGUCAGUAUCAGCAGGGUGAAGACAAACGAAGACUGUCGGUUCGAAAGGUCAUUGAGGUCUUUUCGCGCCGAGCUGGCCAGCUGGAGGAUUUUAUCGAGGCCCACGGGCUAGAGGUACCCAUUAGCGAGCGCGCCGACGAUGCAAUGAUGAUCGGAAGGAUGAUGGAAAUGUUAUCUACACCGACCGACAGAGAGUCGUCGAACGAUGACCGGGCCGAUGAGGGCCAGUGUGGUCUUGGGCCGAGGCCCGCCGAGAUGGCUCUAGAGAGGGACGCGACAUGCACCACACAUGUAGCCGAUCGCGUCGUCCCACAAGCGGCACCAUCGCCCCCCCCACACGUCCAAUCCGCUGGUAGCCCGGACAACACCUACGACAUGCAGGGUGGCGGUGACGGUGUGCCGUCGAUGGCUCCGGAUGGGGUCGACCUAGACGGGAUGACGGGCUUCAGCAUGGACAACAUGGACUUGCCCGAUUUCCCGGAACUCGGCAUUCUCCCGCUUGAGACGACCGCCUGCGGCUGGGACCAGCUCCGGCAGCAGCUGUUCCCUGUGCAUCCGAAUCUCGACUUUGGCAUGCCGCUAGCGCCACCGUCGGACCAAAACUGGCGUCUUCCGCGCGGCGAGGGCAACCUGUCCAGCGAAGAGUCGGGCGACGAGGAAGAGGAGGAUGUGGUGAACCAAGUCUCGGAGCGGGUGGGCUCGCUGCACCUGUCCGAGGAUGGCGAGUUGCGCUACUACGGCGCGACGUCAAACCUGACGCUCCUAGACGACACGUCGCCGCUGGACCAUCGGCACGACCUGGAGGCGGGCAACGUGCGGAAGCGCGGGCAGGCAAUGAUGGAGGCUGCAGGAGUGGGCCAGCAUGUCAAUCCGGCCUUGGUUCAGCAUCUGAGCAGCCUGUAUUUUGCCUGGCAGGACCCGAGCUUCCAUGUCGUCGACAAGGACAUGUACGAGCGGGAGCAGGCGCGAUGUGCAUUCGGGGCGCUAUAUGACGCGCGCCGGCACGCGGACUUGCCCACACCGCUGUCUGACUUCUUCGUGAAGCGAGCCAAAAUCUGGCUGGAGAUCGAGCUGGACAGCCCACACGUGGCGACGGUGCAGGCGUUGGUCAUUCUCAGCAGCUUUGAAGCGGCCCAGACGAGAGACGCCCGCGGAUGGUUGUACAGCGGCAUGUCGAUACGGCUUUCGUUUGAUCUAGGCCUACACAUCGACAUGACGCCGUACGUGAACAGCGGACGGGUGAGCGCCGCCGAGGCAGAGGUGCGCAAGGUCGCGUUCUGGGGGAGCUUCAUAGUGGACCAUCUCUGGGGGUUCUAUCUAGGACGACCGCCCUUCCACAUCAACACAGACGAAGUCUCGGUGCAAAAGCCCGCCGAGCGCAUGUACGCGUCUAAGCAUGGCGAAUGGGUUCCAUACGGCCUAUCCAAGGCCGUUACUGUCCAAGCGCUUGCAGACCCCAUCGAUCUAGUCGCCCGGCAGUGGGUUCUUCUCUGCGAGGUUAUGGGCUCGUUCUGCCAUGUGCUGUACGACCGCCACAACGUCGACGACACGUCCCUAGAGUCGGUUGUCCAUAGCACCGUCUCGCAGCUCGAAGCCUGGAAGAGCAACCUCCCUCCAGAGUUGCAGGUCGACCUUCACGACGGCGCGAUUUGUCUUCCACACGUCCUCGUGCUGCACAUGAAAUACCACCAGUCGAUGAUAUACAUCCAUCGGCCGUUCAUCUCGCGACAAGGCGCGCGUUCCGUCGGGCCUGCUCUCAACCGUGGCUACCUCCACGCGCGGAAAAUAUGUAUCGACAGCGCCGUCGCCAUAUCCACUCUUCUACGGCUCUACCGCACGACCUACACGCUCCGCUACACCAACGUCGAACUCGUCAGCAUCAUCUUCUCUGCCGCCAUCAUUUUGGUGUUCGCGUCUGUCGCAAGCACCCCAUCGCAUCAAGUCCCGCCGCUCGGCAGCGGCAUAGGAGGCGGAGGGGGGGGCAGCGUGGCGACGCACCUCGACACAUGCUGCAAGGCGUUGGCAGAUCUCGGGCAUGUGUUCCAAAACGCGUCGCGUACGCUCGAGGUGCUACUGGCAAUCAAACGCAAGUGGCAGGCAGAGCUGCUGGCAUCGACGGGGUCCAAGAGGCGCAACUCGGCCAACUCGAGGCCCGCUGUGGGAUCCAAGAAGAGGACAAUGUCGCGCCGGCAGGGACAUGACGUAUCGGUUUGAAUUUCUCAACUUGUCUUUCGGUGUAUUGGAAUGAUGUAAGGCGAUAUGUUGGACUGUGUUGGGUUUGUGACAGUCUAAUAAUAAUUACGUGGAGGUAGAGGACAGGGGAAGAAGGCUUUCGGAAUCACCACCAGCCUUUUGAUCGUCGCGCGUAUCACGCGUUUACAACAGCCUUUCCAACAGC